UGUUGGAGACUUAUCAUCAGGAUAAGUCAGACUGAAAUAAAACAUAAAAACAUCAGUGGUGUAAUUUAAUAGCUCUCUUUAUCAUUUUACUGGGAACAGUUCAAGAGGUGUGAAGAAUGCGUUGCACCUCAGCCUGGAUUGGCUGGGCUUUAUGUUUGUGCGCAUCUCUGGCCGUGCGCGCACAGGACUACACCGAGGACGACGAGAUGAUCCUGGACCUGGUCGGCGAGGACAGGACUGAUCCUGAAACUGGAACCGACCCGGCAGCUGAGUUCAUCAGGUGCAACAAGGUAGCCUGGCGCAUUCCCGGACAGUACAUAGUUGUAUUGCGUCAGGGGACGCACGAGUCUCAACUCCAGAGGACCAUCAGGAGGCUGCGAAGUAAAGCAGCCAGGAGAGGGUACCUGGUGGAGAUCCUGCAGACCUACUCAGGAGCACUGCGUGGCUUUCUGGUCAAAAUGAGUAGUGACGUCCUUCACCUGGUAAUUGCAUAUCCAUCAAUCAGUGCAGCUUUCCAACAGCAACCACACCGAGAUUUCUUCCCUCAGAAAUUGCAUUUUCUAAUUACAUGUCAAAUUCACCAUCUGUCCUCUGCAGAUGAUGGAGGGAGGACGCAGGUGUAUCUGAUGGAUGGCAGUGUGCAGAGUUCUCACAGAGAGGUUGAAGGACGGGUACUCAUCACAGACUUCAAUAACGCCCCUGAAGAGGAUGGAGUCAGAGUUCACAGACAGGCCAGUCAGUGUGACAGUCAUGGUACACACGUGGCAGGUAUUGUGAGUGGAUCAGAUUCAGGUGUUGCUCGAGGGGCUGCUGUUAACCUAGUGCGUGUGCUCAACUGUCAGGGUAAAGGGACCGUCUCAGGAGCUCUGGCAGGAAUGGAAUACAUCCGAGCCACUUUACUGGCCCGCCCAGUGGAUGCAGUAGUCGUGUUGCUUCCUUUUGCUGGUGGCCUCAGCCGUUCAUUAAAUACAGCCUGUCGAGACAUGGUGGCUAACAGCGCUGUGGUCAUCGCCGCAGCAGGGAACUACAGAGAUGAUGCGUGUCUCUACUCACCUGCUUCAGAGCCUGAGGUCAUCACAGUGGGGGCAGUUAACUCAAUGGACCAGCUCAUGUCACAGGGAGCAGGUGGCACCAACUUCGGCCGCUGCGUUGAUUUGUUUGCACCCGGCGACGACAUCGUUAGUGCCAGUAGUGACUGCAGCACCUGCUUCACCUCCCGCAGUGGAACCUCACAGGCUGCUGCACACACUGCAGGUGUCGUAGCAGUGAUCCUGUCGUCCAGUCAGAUUGCAUCACCAGUGCACGUCCUCCAUAUGAUGCUGCAUUACUCCAUCAGCAACACUAUCGACUUCCUAUCUCUGUCCGAAAGCCAUCGGCUCACUACGCCAAACCUGGUAGCAGCCAUGCCUCCGGCUAUCAAAACUUCACCAAAUGGGGAGCUACUGUGUCGGUCAGUGUGGUCAGAGAGGUCAGGAGUCGUGAGCACCGACAGGGUCAUCAGCCGCUGUCGUCAAGGGGAGGAAAUGAUGGGCUGCAGCAGUUAUGCUCCUGAAGGCGUCCGUGUGGGGGAAACCAUCACUAUGAACGGCGGACACAUGGAGUGUAUUGCCCAUAAUGGUCCAGCAGGUAAAGGUGUGUAUGCUGUGGCCCGCUGUUGUGUGAUAAGCGGUCUGCGGUGCCAGGUCCAUGCUAGUCCUGAGCAAGGACAAGCUGCUCAGUGCGUCGGCCCCCAGCACCACCUGACCGGGUGUACAUCGAUGUCCACAGCUGAGAUCUCAUCUGAUUCGCAUCCACGUCACAGCCAGGGGAAGCGCUGCACGGUGAAAGAGGGGGUCACAUCACAUGCGAUAUGCUGCCACGCUCCAUCUCUCGAGUGCAACCUGUUGGAAAACAUAUCAGCUGACAAAGAUCAGGUUGAGGUUUCCUGUCCUUCCGGCUGGACUCUGACAGACUGCAGUGCCGUCUCUCGGGGCUCUGCUAUCUUGGGGCCAGUUGCCAAGGGAAACAGUUGCCAUGUCUAUGGUGUCACGGGAGUGGAUGGAGCAGCGGGUGCUGCCGUCUGCUGUCGUGUCGCACCACUAGAGCAGCAAGCUGCAACACCUCACUGAUCCGGUUUCACCUCACUUUGGUUUCUAACAUCGUUGAAACAGCUUUGACGUUGCCAUUUUUGUCUUUGGUCAGUUUUAAACCCCCUUUCACUUUUCUGAGAAACCUCAACAUCCUUAAUAUUCACUUAAAGCACUUCUGUAAAGCUGUUUGUGUGUGUUUUAGUUUUAGGAUUACGCCAAAUUAUGCUCCAGUGCACAUAUUAUAUGUGACUUGACAACCUGUAAGCUAUUUUUGUAUCUUUUUACAAAACAGUUAUAAUAAAAAGAGCUUUCACAAACAUACGGUUUGGAUAAUAGUGUAGUAUUUACCGGGUAUACUAUCCGCAUGCUAUUUACAAGUUAAUAAACUGAACAAAUGAAAUCAAAAUGUUAAGCUCUGGUGUCAGCCAUGUGUGUUUUAGAGUGGAAAAACAUGACAAUGUGCACCACAGGUUGUCACAGUUAGCAUGUGUUAUGUAUGCACUGAUUUCCUGACAUUCCUCAGUCUUGUGCAGCACAGCUGCAGGUAAUCAGCCUGCUCGGCAGCUUGAUUAACAAGUCAAGUACCUUUUGCUCAUUUUGUGAAACAGUAGGUGGAAACAAAAUGAGGUAAAUGGCUAACAGUAGGGACACCAGUUAAAACAAAUUCAUGUCUGCCCAGAGUGUUAUUGUGACAGUGGCUUUUAUGGCUCCACAGUUAGAGACUUAGUUCUGAUACAGAGGUGGGGGACUUCAGUGUGAACAAGAGCAAAAGGAAGCAUAUAAACCACUGUCAGCUAGCUUCUAUCCGACUGAACCUAUAUGACCAAAGACUGAUAAAAAAUAAAAACAAAGUUUACCCAGAAUACAGUAAAUGAAGCUAGUGCUGAAUUCAUGUGUGUAAUUCUGUUUGCAGGAUGCAGAGUAGGUACAAAUUAAAGAUUUAAGCUAUUCUGAUUUAGAAUCAGCA